GAGUUCCAGGUCGAGCGCAUGCCCCUCGGAGAGGUGACAGCCCACGUCGGCAACGUGGCCUUGAGAAUGACAGAGAUGUUAGACUUCGCAGAGUACGCCGUCGACCAGGAGGUUGAGGGCUCGAUGAUUCCAGAGCUUUUGAGGCCGCACUCUAUACUGAAUGGCGGGGCUACGAUUGCUGCGAAACGGCUCAACGUUCGCAAAGAUAAGUUGUCCAUCACGUCUGUGUUGUUGGCAGCGUCUAGUUUCAUACUGUGGCUUGCUUGGAUGCGAUUCUCACUUCAGCGUUUGCUCAGCGAGGUCAAGCAACAUGGUGGACGAUCCGUCUCAUUAUUCUAUCGGUAUCGGUACGACGAGUCGCCUUUCAAAGUAGUUGUUGUGGAUUCGCCUGAGUUGUCGAACGAAUUCCUCGUGGAUGCGGUCGGGCGUGGCGACGACGUCCCUUCUCUGAUUGAUGCUGUACCUGUAAGGGACGCUGCCCCUUCGAAGCUGCUCUGCAUAGAGAUUACCAUCGGGGCGCACGUAGAGAUUGGCGGCAACCAUCGACUGGUCACGUGGACGCCCCCCAUGCCGUAUCUGUCGUUGCCUGGUACGACGUCGACGUGUUAUUUCAAUGCAUCUUCUAUGUUGCAUGAGGCCCUUGGCUUGAAGUCCUUCGAAGAAGAGUUCGAGUCCGUGCAGAGGGUCAGCUGUACCGAUGGCGAUGGGGCAUGUGCUCGGGCAGAGCGGGCGUGGAGCAUAGAUAGCGUGACGGAUGCCCUCCACCAAGUUGAUCGGAUCCACCGCAUUAUGAAAUAUCGCGAGUCGGUAGUCGAGUUGUCGGGGUUGGAGAAGAAGGUAAAGCAUUGUGCACUCAGUAUGAGAUUUGGGAACUUCAUGGCGAAUUUCCGCCAUUGUGUCCGCGUUGUGUCGCUGCGUGCUGUGAGGAUAUGUAGAGAUCGGCCAGUCCCGUACAGUGGGCGCUUGAAGCUCGCCAAGGCCUUGGACGUGUUGCUACCAAAACGUAUGGCUGGCAACGUUCAGCGCCGAUGGGUCAUCGAAUCAAUGGGGUUGGUUUGGCAGGACGGCACAACGCAUCUACACGUAUACGUUCCAGCUGGUGGCCCAAGUGAUACAGAUAUCAAACUACGCCUGAUCAGGGAGUUCACGCACGCGUUGGUGCAUUCUGGCCCCCAGAGCUUUCCUGGCCGAAAUUUCGUCAAGGCUGAGCAGACCCCGAACUGGAUCGCUCUCUUGGAGGUCUUCGGCGUGUUCACCAGGGCUUACCCGAUGUGGGCAGACAUGGUUGGGGGUAAGAAGCAUGUGCCGUCUGUCCGUGAUCCUUUGCCUGCACUUCUACGUGGUCUUGAACCCGAUUUGGCUGCCAUCGCGGAUGCCCCUGCCGCCGACGACGAUGCCCACGUGGCCGAUGGCGUCGCAGAUGAUGAACCCAGUAGGCAGGAACUCAACGUAGAACGGGUGAGGGCCAAGGACGAGCAGCAGGCGAAGAAGCUCGAACAGGCCAUGUACCGAGCAAAUACGCUGAAGUGGAUCAGAAGUAGUUGUGUUUACUUUGACAUGUUCAAUCUCAGCGUGGGCCUGUUGCCGCACAUAGAGCUCAUGGCGAAACACAUGUACAUCUGCGGCAAGGAUUGGGACGUGAAGCAAGCUUCGGACGAAGUCGCAGCCGUCAAAGCUGCAUUGCAGCCAGGGGGCGGUGCUGCUUGCCGACCUGAUGGCACUCUUGUUCGGACCUUCCGUUCGCUGGAGCCGUUCCAGGGCCGCGCUGAGCAGGCCGUGCUCGAGCAGAGUCGGCGUUUGAUGGGCGACGCGGCCACGUGGGACGUGCUGCCGUUCCGCGCCAGGUGCCUCGCGUCGCUCAUCAAGGACGACACCUUGGACAGGGAGCACGCCCACCAGCGGUUUCGGAGGUACGCGUGCGUGCGGAGCGUCCAGACGAGGCCCAUUGAGUUAUCGAAGGGGAACGCGUACUGGGUGGGCUUGCAGCAGGCGGACCAGGAGAGGCGCGAACGUCGGGAGCAGCUUCGACGCAAGCUCAGCGCCUGGAAUGCGUUCUUCGUCGAGGCCUCCGCUCGGGACAGGGCGCAGGGACGUCGCAGGACUGUGCAGGAGCUCUCUCAGGAGUACGCUGGUUUGAGCGAGGAGGCCAGAACUCGUCUCAAUGAGAUUGCGGAGAGGGCGAAUGUUGCCGUCGAUGCUGGGGCUGAGAGGCCAUUGGUUCAUCUCGGUUACCUGGCGGCGGCGCGCGCCGUCGGCCCCGUUGGCGUCGGAGGUGAGGGUCAGGCGCAUCAGCUUGCCGUGCUUUCUGCAGAUUGGGGCAGGAUCGAGGUUUGGAGGCAGUCAGCUCGGCGAGAGAUGGCUGCCGCGUCUCAGCGAGCAUGCGAGGACGCAGCAGCUCGCCGCGACCACCAUGUCGUCGGGCACGGCAGGGAGCAGCUCGCGAGACUUGCCGAUCAACUCCCCGCUUGGGCGUCUGCUGCCCAAGGCAACGUGAUGCCAGAGCCUUCUCUUUCACACAGCUUCGCGCACUAUCACGCUGCUUUCGAUGCACGGCCCUUGGCAUCAAAACUGGCAUCGGUGCGGACCAAGGGUAGAGCCGCUAGGCCAGUCGCUCACCUGAAGGGGGACAUCCUGAAGUGCUGGGCCCACUUGAACCGCACAAUCCUGGAUCCCAAGGUCGAGAAGGUCACUGAGGCAGAGCCCCCGAAGCCUGUGGACACUGUGUGCUUCCGCGCCAAUGAUUGCAUGUGUGGUGAGGGCGGGCAGUCACGCAGCCUGAUCAAGUCACGGUUGGAGACAGUUGUUAAGCAAUCGUUCAAACUUCCAGUGCAGAAGCGGCUCCUACAUACUUGCAACGUGUUCGCCAUCUUUGUGGGUGAUCUACCUGAUCGAUCUCCAGAUGCUGCCCCUGGCGCUGCCUCCCGAGUUCACUGCAUGGUAGUCGGCGAUCUCCUCUUGAAGCCAUUCGACAUCUUCUGGGGCGCCAUCGGUGGCCGCAAUGUUGACCUCGCCAGCUUCAUCGCCAGGGACGCUGAUUCGCCGAGCAUGCACGCGGCCGUCGACGUCGCUAUCCCGCUCCAGUACCAAUACGAGGGUUAUUUGUCGUGGGAUGUGGUGAAGCUCCUCGACCUCAGCAUGAAGUGGGAGGUCGCUUUCUUCGAGGCGCACUUCUCGGGCGUGACAGGUGCUUUCCGACCUUGCUGCGCGUCGGCAGUGCAGCGCGGUGACCGACGAUUACAUUUGUUGUGGGACCCGCUGCGGAAACGGAAGAAGCGCCAGCGGCUUCAUUCCGAACUGUCAGAUUGGCUCGCGAUUGCCGAUGCCGACGACGAGCUGUACGGGGAGGGCGCUGCUGGCAAAGCAGACAAGGGCGGUGCGAAGCACGGUGACGAUGACUACGAUGGCGACCUCGGAGCCGACGGCGGAAGUGCAGGUGCUGAGGGCAGCUCUGUUGAAGAUUAUAGCGACCGCGGGGUUCCGGAGUCGAGCUCGUCAUCCAGUUCGUCGUCUCGUUGGGGGUCCAGCAGCUCGAGCUCAGAUGGCAGCGAUGGGCGUGAACCUGAAGGCCCUGGCGGAGACUGCGACGCCCCCGACGUCGACCCAGACGACCCUCCUCAUCGUGACCCACCUGGAUACCGUGCAGAUGGCCAUGGCGGACCCGUCGGCGCAGCGGGCGACUGGGUCAGGAUCGACGUCCCUGGCGGGCACUUGAUGUGGAGCCGCAACCACAGCAAGCUCGACGCUCACUGCGGCGUUCACGGAAAGUCGUGCAAGUGCGACCGCACGUAUCGGAGUGGGCAGAGACCACUUGGUCGCCAGCUUGCGUGGUUGGAGAUGGUGCACGUCGAGGGCGUGGCUGUCGACCAGGACACCCACAGCAGGGAGCUGAAGGACCUCGUCGGCACGAGGGACUACUAUGGCGUUCGCCAGUGGUGCCGAUCGAAGUUCGAGGAGUUCGCCGACGGCAACCCCAUUGCCAAGGCGUUGGUGGAGCACGAGUCCCCAGAGGGCCCAGGGCAGGAGCCCCAG